AUGGACAAAGAUUGCGAUAUGUUAUAUAAGAACAUCUCUGACAUAUACAAAUCUGAAGAAUUUAAGACCUACGACAACUUUGUUUCGUUAGUUGCAAAAUGUGUAUGGCAGAUAAGAGAUAAAGAUAAAAGAGGUAAAGUAUGGAACGAACAGAUAAAACCAGCAACUUUUGAGUUAAAGAAAACCAUUGACGCCUUAGUUGUUUUAGCAGGUCAAAUUUCAAUGUACAAUGCUAAAAUGAACCCACAAUGUUCAAAAUGUAAAGCAGCAAUGAGGAAAUAUAACUACUCCGUCAAAGAGAUAGAAAGAAUGCGAAACGACUAUGCUGAUUUAAAGGAAGAAGCAGAGAAACCAGCAGAAGAUAAAAUGGACAUGUUGACAUUUCUAAACAAAAACUAUCCAACAGCUGACGAUUUCCUUCUAUCUGAUGUCAAGAAGAAAUAUAAAGAAACAUUCGGCAUUGUGAAAACUUUUGACAUACUGACAGAAGAAAUAGAAGCUACGAAAUUGUUUAGAAUUUCACGAAUUCACAAUGUUUACCAUGUAAAACGCUUAUAA